AUGUCAGAACAUAACGCGAAGGUCGCCUCUCUGGUCGCGCGCCUGAACGAGCCCAGCACAAGUGAGGCAGGCUCCUCGCGCACGCCCGCGACGGAAAUCGACGACGACGACAUCUUCGCCGAACUGGAGGCGGAAAUUGAGAACGACUCGAGCGCAGCGUUUCGCGAGCACGGCAUGGAGCAGCUCAAACGAGAGAUGGAACAGCUGCAGAAGAUGAAGAGCGUUGGGCAUGGUCAUUACAGGGAAGUGACGGAUGAGAAGGAAGUUGUCCAGCUAAGCGCGAAUGAGCCGCGCUGCGUGAUCCAUUUCUUCCACCACAAAUUCAAAAGGUGCGAGAUCAUGGAUAAGCACCUACAGAGGCUCGCGCCGAAGUAUUUCGGCACGCUCUUCAUCCGCGUCUUUGUCGAAAACGUUCCGUGGCUGGUUGAGCGGCUGGGUGUGAAGGUCCUCCCUUGUGUCAUGACCUUCAUUAACGGAACUUCCAAAGACCGGUUCAUCGGUUUCGAAGAUCUGGGCAACUCAGACGAGUUCGAGACGGCCACACUGGAGUGGAAGCUAAUCAACAGCGGUGUAGUCCAGAAAGAUGAGUCUUUCGGGCCAAGCGUCACAUACGGGACGAAGACGGCAGUGCGGCAGCACAUACGAAGCAGGGAUACCGAGGAUAACGAUUCUGAUUUCGAUUUGGACGAGUGA